AUAUAUACAAUAGAAAUUUUUUAACAAAUUAUAUUUACAUUUAAAUUGAAAUUUAAAUCAUGUUUAAUAUUAGAGAACAACCUGAUUUCGAAAGUAUCAAAGAUCAAAAAUCUCUGGAAAUAGAAAUACGACGGAGAAUCAUAGAUAAGACAGCCGAAAAAAAGCGGCAUUUACGUCAAGUGCAUAUUGAACGAAAACAAGCAUUGGAAGCGGAACAACUUCAACAUGCCAAAGCAGCUGCAGAUUUAAAAGUUCGACAACUUGCUCGCACUCAUCGACUAGCAGAAGAACUUGCACGUCGUAAACGUAAAAACAACAAUUGUUUUUAUUAACUCAUUGUGAGGUUAAUUAUAUGAAUUUAAUACAAUACAGAGCUUGAGCUGCAAGAAUCUUUAAAGACUAGAAAAAAGAAAUUCGCUGUCAGUAUACCUAAAGAGAUUUUCGAAAAGAUAGAAACUGAUUUGAAGAAAGAAGAAGAAGAGGUGGUACAAGUGUCCAAUUUGAUUCCUCCAUGGAAUUUGAAAGAAGAUCUUAUAAAGCAACAGGAGGAGAAAUUAAAGUACAGAAGAGAUCUUCAAAAUCAGUUGAUUGAUAAUCGACGUAGAUUACGCGAGAAAGAGGAGGAGAAGCAUCGUGAGAGAAAAGUAAUAGAAGAAGUUAAUAAAGUGUUGCACGAGGAGGAUGUGGAAGCGGAGAAGAAAAAAAGGAAAUCGCUAUUACGUUACAAACUGAAAGGGAUGCUUUUUUAAAGGCUCGAGAAUUUUGGAAAGAGAAGAGAAAGGAGAUUCUGAAGCAAGAGCACGAUGAAAUCUCAAGGAUCGUUGCUAAAAGAGAAGCUUUGCAAAAGAGGGAAGCUGAGGGAAAGGUUUUGUAAAGAUGAAAAUUUGUCGGAAUUGAACGUUUUAAUGGUAAAUAUUAUUUUUUUCAGAUUGAUAUUCGUGCGGCCAAAGAUAUUUUGUUGGAAAAAAUGAUGAAAAAGUUAAUGGAGGAAGAGUAUAAAAGAUUGGAACGAGAGGAAAUCUGUCGAGAAUUAUAUAUAGCAGAGAAAGAACAUGAAUUGAAAAAGGAAGCGAUUACAGUCGCGGUGAAAAAAAAACAAACUGCUAAAGAAUUCUUACAAGAAAUGGCAAGAACUCAGAAAAUCGUGGCCGAAAGAAAAGCGAAAGAAAUUGCGAUCGAUGUUGCUUUUGCUAAUUAUUUGAUAGAGGAACGAAAAAAGCAGGAGGCAAAAGAAAGAGAAAAGGAGCAAAUGCGACGCGAAAAAGUUCUGCGAUAUGGAAACGAUUUGCGGAAGAUGAUAGAGGAAACUAAAAUACAGCGUACGAAGGAAUUAAAGGAAUAUUUACAAAUAGAAAAUAUGAAUGAUAAUAAGACGUUCAAAAUUAAGAGUUUCUCGGAAUCGAUGCUCGGCCAAUCAAAAAAAAUUUCAAACAAUUAA